AUGACUUGGCCCGAUGUUCCUGUCAAGCCCGCCGAGGGCAUCUCUUACUUCACACCGGCUCAAGAGGUGCCAGCUGGCACUGCUCGUAACCCUCAGACCAAUGGCAAGCCCAUUCCGAAAUUGUUCCAGCCCCUGACUAUCCGAGGCAUGACCUUCCAAAACCGCUUGGGUGUUGCCCCAAUGUGUCAAUACAGUGCCGAAAAUGGCCACAUGACCCCCUGGCACAUGGCCCACUACGGUGGAAUCGCCAUGCGUGGCCCAGGAAUGAUCAUUAUCGAAGCCACGGGCGUCGUUCCCGAGGGCCGUAUCACUCCUGGCUGCGUGGGUCUGUGGCAAGACUCGCAGAUCAAGCCGCUGAAGGAGGUGGUCGAAUUCGCCCACAGCCAGAACCAAAAGAUCGGUAUCCAGCUCGCCCAUGCUGGUCGUAAGGCCUCGACCGUUGCCCCCUGGAUGGGCGGUGUCACUGCCACUAACGCUGUCGGCGGAUGGGUCGAGAACGUGAAGGCUCCCAGUGCGAUUCCCUUCUCUGAGGGAGAUAUCAUCCCCCAGGCUAUGACUCUGGAGGAUAUCCAGGAGGUCAAGGAGAUGUGGGUUGCGUCCGUGAAGCGUGCUAUUGCGGCCGGUGUUGAUUUCAUUGAGAUCCACAACGCUCACGGAUACCUGCUUUCUUCCUUCCUGAGCGCCUCCUCGAACAAGCGUACCGAUCAGUACGGAGGCAGCUUCGAGAACCGCAUUCGCCUGUCCCUGGAAAUUGCCCAGCUGACCCGUGACACCGUUGGCGAGAACGUCCCCGUUUUCCUGCGUGUCUCGGCUACCGACUGGUUGGAGGAGAGCAUGCCCGAGGAGGAGGGCUGGAAGCUGGAGCACACUGUCGAGUUCUCCAAGGCUCUCGCUGCGCAGGGUGCGAUUGAUUUGAUCGAUAUUAGCACCGGUGGUGUGCACUCCUCCCAGAGAAUCAACGGAAAGGGUGCCUUCCAGGUCCCCCACGCAGCUGCGGUCAAGAAGGCUGUUGGUGAUAAGGUCCUUGUCUCGGCUGUGGGCAGCAUCACCAAUGGUGUUCUUGCCGAGAAGAUCAUGAAUGAUGAAAACAUUGAUUUGAUCCUGGUUGGUCGUGCCUUCCAGCGUGACAGUGGAUUGGCCUGGGCCUUUGCUAAGGAUCUGGAUGUGGAGAUUGCCAUGGCCGGUCAGAUCCGCUGGGGAUUCAACAGCUUCCGCAAUGCGUCGGAAUACAUUCAGCCUAACUCCGUGAAGGCUUCCAUCUUUGAUUAG